AUGUCUACACAAACGGAAUCAUCACGAAAGCGGCAUGUUAUAUGUAUGGCAUCUGAUUUUUUUUAUCCAAACACAGGGGGCGUCGAAGAGCAUAUCUAUAAUUUGUCACAAUGCCUAAUGAAGCGAGGCCAUAAAGUCGUUGUCAUCACACAUACUUAUGGUCAGAGAGUUGGUGUUCGGUAUCUAACUGGUGGAUUAAAAGUCUACCACAUACCUCUCCUGGUUAUGUAUGCACAGUGUGCUCUACCUACCAUGGUAUGUAAUAUGGCUCUCAUACGAUACAUUUUAAUACGAGAAUGUAUAGAAAUUGUACAUGGUCACUCUGCUUUUAGUGUCUUGGGACAUGAAGUAUCAAUCAUAGGUAAAUUGAUGGGCUUAAAAACAGUAUUUACAGACCAUAGCUUGUUCGGUUUUGCUGACACAUCAGCAGUAUUGACAAAUAAGUACCUACAAAUGUGUUUAUGUGAGUGUGACCACUGCAUAUGUGUGUCGCACACUGGCAAAGAAAAUACAGUAUUGAGAGCACAUGUGAAAGCUUAUAAGGUUUCUGUGAUUCCUAAUGCUGUUGAUGCAUAUAAUUUUACACCAGAUCCAAGCCAAAGAGAUCCUAAUUUAAUUACUAUAGUUAUUGUCUCAAGAUUAGUGUACAGAAAAGGUGUAGAUUUAAUGGCAGCUGUAAUAGCAGAAAUGAGUCCAAAAUAUCCUAAAGUAAGGUUCAUUAUUGGGGGAGAUGGACCAAAAAUGUGGCUUUUACAAGAGGUUAGGGAGAAAAUGGGACUUCAAGAUAGUGUGACUUUACUAGGAAGUUUAAAGCAUUCUGAAGUAAGGGAUGUUCUUGUGAAGGGGGAUAUUUUUUUGAACACAUCAUUAACAGAGGCCUACUGCAUGGCAAUUGUUGAAGCAGCUGCUUGUGGGUUGAAAGUUGUGUCUACUAAAGUUGGUGGAAUUCCUGAAGUAUUGCCAGAGAGCAUGAUUUACUUGACAGAGCCUACUGUGGGUAGCUUGAUUGAGGGAAUUAAAAGUGCUAUGAAAGAUAUAAGCGAAGGCAAAAUCCUAUGCCCUUACAAAUGUAAUAGUAUGGUCAGAAGUAUGUAUAACUGGACAGAUGUGACUAAGAGAACUGAACAAGUAUAUAAUAAGAUAUCACAGAAUAAAAAUAACCCAAUAGGGUAUCAGUUAAAAAGCUAUUUAAGAAGUGGUGUGUGGCCGUUUCUCUUACUUAUAAGCUUAAUGUAUUUAUGGUUAAAAUUAAUAGAAAAAAUAUAUAAAAGGAAACACAUUGACAUUGCAAGGAAUUUACAAUUAUAG